AUGAGCUCGUACGGCUACGACCCGUUCUUCCCUCCCUACAAGCGGCGUUUCGCGGACGCUCCGCGCCUGCACGCGGUGGAGAUGGACGUGUCGGCCAAGCCCGACCUCUCGGCGGCCCUGCGGGACAUCCGAGCUCAGUACGAGAAACUGGCGGCCCGCAACAUGCAGAACGCCGAGGAAUGGUUCCGGAGCCGCUUCACCGUGCUCACCGAGAGCGCUGCCAAAAACACCGACGCCGUCCGGGCCGCCAAAGACGAGGUAUCCGAAAGCCGAAGGCUGCUCAAAGCCAAGACGCUGGAGAUCGAGGCCACCCGAGGUAUGAACGAGGCGCUGGAGAAGCAGCUGCAGGAGCUGGAGGAGAAGCAGAGCGCGGAUAUCUCUGCCCUGCAGGAUACCAUCAACAAGUUAGAGAAUGAGCUGAGGACCACAAAGAGUGAAAUGGCUCGGUACCUGAAGGAAUACCAGGAUCUGCUCAAUGUGAAGAUGGCCCUGGACAUUGAAAUUGCAGCCUAUAGGAAGCUGCUGGAGGGUGAAGAGACCCGACUCAGCUUCACCAGUGUGGGAAGCAUCACCAGUGGCUACACCCAGACUGCCCCCAGUUUUGGCAGGUCUGCCUACACUGGGCUCCAGUCCAGCUCCUACCUGAUGACAACCCGUUCCUUCCCCACCUACUACUCCAGUCAUGUCCAGGAGGAGCAGAUUGAAAUAGAGGAAACCAUUGAGUCUGCUAAAGUGGGAGAAGCCAAGGCAGCCCCUGCAGAAGAAGGUGAGGAGGAAGAGAAAGAGGAAGGUGAGGAAGAAGCAGGAGGUGAAGAGGCUGAAGAAGAGGAGGAAGGUGCCAAGGAAGAAUCUGAGGAAGCCAAAGAGGGUGAGGAAGAGGAAGGAGAAGAAGGGGAAGAAACAGCAGCUGAAGAAGGAGAGGAGUCUCAGGAAACUGCUGAGGAAACUGGUGAGGAAGAGAAGGAAGAGAAAGAACCAGCAGGAAAAGAAGAGAGUGAAGUGAAGAAGAAGGCUUGAUGCUUAGGCAGGCAGGCUUUCUCACCAGAAUAAAUGAUUGACUGAGCUAAAAUUGCAGUCUCACAUAUUUAUUAAUUCAGUGACCACUGAGGUUUAAAGUUAAUGAUGUUUCUCUCUGUGCAGAGUAUGAGUUUGCUUGCAGAGCACCCUCUGGCUUGUUCCCCGAGUGCCGCAUGGUCUACACGUAUGAAUUCAGGGGUUGUGUCUGUCUUGGGUGGUUCAGAACCUUAACAUUUAAAAAAAAGUCAUGGGAAUGAAAGUUCUCCUUAACUUGCAUUUAAAAAAUAAUUAUGGAAACCUUGGGUGGGUAAAAUAAUGGAGGCUUCAAUAAGUGUGUGCAAUAAGGCUAGUCAAUAAAGUUACAGAAAUG